GAAGCAGUUCAGCUUCCGGCUUCGAAGCUGCCACAUCCCAAGCAAGUUCUCGGUCCGGCUCGGGAAGCAGCAGCAGCAGAAAAACCUUUGUCCGGCACAAUGACUCGUUAGUGCAAAUAGUGCAGUUCGCGUGCGGGCAAACAGACAUCGUUAAAUCCCCCCGGUGGUUGUUUAGGGUGUUUGUGGUACGAUUGCGGACACAAGAUGUAUCCGUCCGGUGCUCUUUGUUGCUGGUAGCACUUUUCUCUCUUCCUUGUUCCGCUCGAUUUCUUCCGAGCGGUUUGACGGGGGAGCGCAGACGGGUUGGAGUGCCGUAGCAGCAGGUGGAGUGCAGGUGGCCCCGGCUAUAACAUUUCGGGAGGGGUUUUGUUGUUGUUUAUAAUUACCCAAUCGAUUGCCGUGGAACCAUGUCAGGUUGUGUGCCUGCCAGCAACGGGUUGGCCUCACACAAACCAAACCAGUCGCUCAACAGUGUGCUUGCUGUGGGGAGGUGUUUGGCCUUUGCGGUGUUGCCGUUUUUGCUUUAUUUGUGGCAAAAGGAGUGCGAAAAAAAAAGAGACACGGUACGAUAUUUUUAAAGAACCAAAACAAACCACCGUGGGCCACGCACGCGCGUCACACGGCACGGUUUUUGGGUGGUGUGUACGGGCUUAGUCCGCGCUUUCGUUCGUGACCUUUGCAGAAGACGCUGCAGCGCCCUAUACGCGUCCGAUAGUCCGUGCAACCGGUGGAUGUGAUUUCGUCGGUUUGUUUUGUUGAAUAGUGAUGCAUUCCGUCCAAGAAGUGAGUUAAAGUGUGCGUACGUCGGUGCAUCCCUACCACUAGUGCAUGUGGAGCAGAAUAGUUGUCGCCGAGUCGGCUGUUUGCACUCUUCCUUUCUAGCCACGACUUUCACCCAUGCCGGCGUGGAAAGAAAACGAAAAGAUAAGAGCUAGAUGAUAACACGAACGUGUAAGAGGCUGCCACAUUCGCAAGGUUGCUGGUUAAAGGAAGUAGAGCUCUCUACGUCCAUUCGAACGCGUAAUCGGCAAGAGGUUAACUGUCAUCACCGCCGUUCAAGCGUCAUUCAAAGCCGGCUUCUGGAAGUGUCCGACCGGUGGCAUCAUUAUCAGUGUAGGAUGAUCUAAAUACGGCAGAGCAAACCAAUCGUUCCGGUUCGGCAAUCGGUGUGUAAUGCUCCCGGUAGAGCGUCACCGGACCCACAUCGAAGGGCUGCGGGUGAAUUAGUUGUACGAGCGGGAGAAAAAGAGCAUUCGCUCACUGCGUGGUGAUUGGUUUGGCGUGUGUUUUUGCAGUGAUACGGUGCUUUUCGUGGAACCAACUGAUGGUGGUGAUGGUUUUUCCAGUGUCACAAAAUAUUUAGCAAUAGGUGGUGUUUUUGUGAAGGACUGUUUUGCUGUCGGUGAUACUACGACGGCGGUUUUUUCUGUGAUCUUUAGCGGCUAGCAGCGAUGGUGCAGCGUAUCAUGAUUCAACGCAUCGUACGGUAUAGUAUACGGAUAAAACCGCAUGGACGCCUUUUCAACGAAACGUAGGCAACAUUACGCAACUGGCGGUGAUUUUCACUCCCCCACGCCCUAUUCUAAACAAGCGCAGCGAAGGAGAAAUAUUUUUUCCGAACAAGAGGUGUUCCGCAUGCUUGCCCCCCAACUGGAUCCAUUAGCGAGGCGUCACGAUCGCCAUAAUCGGGAAGAAUGGAUAUUAUCCGAACGCCUGGAAAUAUUAAUAUUAAUGGUAACGACGGCGGCGGCAGCAGUAGUCUGGAGCCGCUGUUACGCAGCCCGCAAGGGGCCAAGUGCAAGGACAAUAAUGGUGGUGGAAGCGGUCUGCGGCAGCACAACUUUCCCGACGAUCGACCAGCGCCCGGUGGACGGAACGGCCUAAAGGGUUCCACUGCCUCGCCCGGAUCGGCAGCGUCGGUGACGACGCCCCACCGCCAAACUCCACCCCAGUGCCCGUCGACCGAUUCGGGCAACAGUUCGUGUGUGAGCAGUGGAAGUAACGGCGGUGGUGGCAGUAGUGUUGGUGGCAGCUGUAGCAGUGCUAGUGCUUCCGGCGGUGGUGGUGGUGGUGUAGUGGAUGAUCCAGAAACUCAAAAACCGCACCGACCCUCGCGAUCAUCGUCCGCGUCAUCGCUCAAGUCGAAUCGAAAUAUUUACGUGAACAAAACCUAUGAUGUGGAUGAUGAUGCAGGAGGGCAGGAGGGCGGUGCAGUGCGUGCAAGUGCCGAUACCGGUUCGGCUGUUUCGAUACCGAUCGAUGAGGGUAUUGACGUGAAUGUGUCUAUUUCUAUGCGGGGAAAGAAUGGUGGCGCGCGUGCUGAAGGUCCAGCUGCUAGUGAUGAGCAGGAAACCCAGGAAGAGGAAGAAAUAAAACCACUGCUGGAGGUUACGAACGAACGACGCAAGACGAAGAGCAUCGUGAAGAGUCCCUCGAGUCAAAGUAUCGGUGGGGAGAAACCGGUACGCCAGCUUAGUCUGCAGUUCUCCCAACCGGAGUCCGUAAUCGUGGCCGAACGUCCGGUGCAUCAUGUGCAGUUCAGUAACGGGAGCAGAUAUGCUAACGUGCCCGGUGGCGAGGGCGGAGAACGAACGGCUCUCGUCGGUGGACCGUACGGCCAAGGGAUCGGUACGGGUGCGAUGGAACCGCAGAGUCCAGUUGGAAGCAUCCUAUCGCACGGUUCGGCAGCUUCAUCAUCUUCAUCCGGUUCAUCGUCGUCGUCGUCGUCGAACGAGAACAGUUCGUUGGGUGCGUACGCUGAGGCACGUCCGCCGGAUGGUGGUUGGGGAUGGGUCGUUUGCUUUGCCUCCUUCAUGGUGAACCUCAUCGCGGACGGUGUAACGUUCAGCUUCGGCGUGAUGUACAUCGAGCUGCUGUCAUACUUCGGCGAAGGCAAGGGAAAGACGGCCUGGGUAGGAUCGUUGUUUAUGGCGAUGCCGCUGCUGUGUGGUCCUGUCGCGUCGUUCCUCACGGAUCGGUACGGUUGCCGGAAGGUGACGAUUAUCGGGUCGAUUAUGGCCUCGAUCGGGUUUGCGCUGUCCGCGUACGCUACCUCGAUCGAGAUGCUGUACCUCACGUUCGGCAUACUGUCCGGGUUUGGGCUUAGUCUGUGCUACGUCGCAGCGGUCGUUAUCGUUGCGUACUACUUCGACAAAAAGCGCUCCUUUGCUACGGGUCUGUCGGUGUGCGGUAGUGGCAUUGGGACGUUCGUGUUCGCCUCGCUCACGCAGGUCCUGCUGGACGAGUAUGGAUGGCGCGGUACGACUCUGAUCCUAGCCGGCGUCUUCCUGAACAUGUGCCUGUGCGGAUUGCUGAUGCGUGAUCUCGAGUGGACGACACACAAAUCGAAGCAGAAGCGUCGUAAGCAGCAGCAGCAACAAGCCGACUCGGUGAGCAACAGUACGAAUACGGCCGGAGGCAACACGAGCGUGCUGAUGGGCAACGGAGGUAUCAUCGAUGGAGUACCGAUCGGGGGCGCUAUCGGUGGCAACGGAGGUCUCGUAGAUGCAGCCAACGAUCACAUCUACGAUCUGGAUGAUCCACGCCUCUUCAGCUCGUUGAUAACGCUGCCAACGUUCCUACAAAAUGGCAGCGGGCAGGAUAAGAUAACGCUAGAGGUUCUCGCUAUGCUAAGCAAGCAGCACAACAUGCACGAUCACCAUGUGCUGCAGAGUCUCCCGACAGCGCGGAUGAGCAGCUCGCGAAGCUUUAGUCAACCGCUCUCUCCUCAGAGUGGCGAAAAUUUGGCCGAUCUUAAGGAAGAGCAGGAACAGCAGGAUAACACCACAAAGCAACCGGCGACACCAGCGGCCGAGGACAACAACGACGACGACGGUAAAGGGCAGGAAGCGAAGGAAAGCAAGCAGGAUGAUGAUGGCAGCACGGUGGUGCAACCGUCGCGUCACCGAGCAGCCGGCGGUCAGCGGUCCGGUGCAAGGGGACGCACUGGGGGUGCCACCGAUGCCGACGGCGGCACCCCGUACGAACCGGGCACCGCGAUGCCGCCCGUGUUCCUGCGGCGGGUGCACAGCCACAGCACGCGCGGUACGGCCCCGCCGUCCGCGGGGCCACCGGCCGCGACCGCCUCCUACCUGAAGGAUCUGCGGAUGCACCGCCAUUCGCUAACGUACCGCGGUGCUAUGCUGAACAUUCAGCGCUACCGGCUGCGGGCCUCCUCCUGCCCGGACAUCUACCGCAACUCGAUGACGACGAUCGCGAAGGAGAAGUCCGCCUGGUACCAGGGCGUGGAGGAGUUCCGAACACUGCUGGUCAGUAUUCUGGACUUCUCCUACUUCUCGGACGUGCACUAUCUGCUGUUUGCCAUCUCGAACUUUCUGCUCUACACGUUCUACGACGUGCCGUACGUGUACCUCGGCGACAAUGCGUCCCAGAUCGGUUUUUCCCACGCCCAGUCGUCGAUGCUGAUCGCGAUCAUCGGCAUACUGAAUAUGGUUGGCGAGGUGGUGCUUGGCUGGAUGGGCGAUAGAAAAUCGGUGAACGCCAACUACACGUACGCCAUCUGUAUGGCACUGUGCGGACUGGUGACUGCGCUGGUACCACUGUUUAAAGAUUACACGAGCCUGUCCGUGUUGGCUGGUGGAUUUGGACUGUUUAUAGCAGCAAACUAUUCAUUGACCAGUAUUAUCCUGGUGGAACUCAUCACGCUGGAACGUUUCACCAAUGCGUACGGAUUGCUGCUGCUGGUGCAGGGUGUAGCGAACCUCGUCGGUCCUCCACUAGCAGGCUGGAUCUCCGAUCUAACAGAGUCGUACGAUUUGGCAUUCUAUUUGGCUGGCUUUUUCAUAGUCAUUUCCGGUGCCCUGUUGCUGGUACUGCCCACGAUAAUGAAGGUGCGCAAAAUAUUGGACAAACGAAGGCGCAGUUCCGCCCUUGCCAAUGGUGGUGACACGAUCAAGCUCAACAAAAAGAAUUCUUCCGCCAGCUGUCAGCAGAACAAUAAUGUCGCAAACAAGCCGGUCACGCUGGAUCUAAAAACGACGUACGUCAGCAAUGGCAAACGUAUCGUCACGGGUGUUGAUGCCAAGAAUGGUUCCACACCGAACGGAGGUCUCACCAAUGGCUACAGGAUGCCCGGGGACGAGGGGGCCACAGUUUAGGACGUGUAUAGACGGGAUGCACCACAAUAAUGAAGGGGGCCGGCUAGCGUAGCCUAAGUACCCGACGCAAUCGGUUUCUUCCAUAACAUCCCGGAGAGCACGGAAAAGCUUUAUUACGCGUAGCGAUAUCCUCUACCACCAACCAUCCGUACAGUGCGGAACACGUGGCGCUUUUGUUUUUUUUGGGGGAAAAGAUUUCAGUUUUUAAGGAUAAGGACUAAGUUUCCCUCGUUCGCGAUUCUUUUGUCGUAAUCAAGCUCGGCUAAGGCUAAACAAGACACCCGGCAGAUGAUGGUGGUACCUUGCGCAGCGGUGGAAACAUAUACCUCAGAUUCACUGUACUACGAAACCAUCAAAAGCAAUGCAACAUAAUUUAGGGGAAGAAAUCGAACUGAAAAAAGUAAUUAAAAUCCGCUUUCACAGCUAUCAUUUGGUGCGUGGAGACUCUGCUUUCCCCUCAAAUCCUUCUGCUCUGUUGCUGUGCUGGAGAUAUAUUAUGUGAAAUCUCUUCCCAAUUCAACUCUGUAUCAUUUGGUUUGUAGAGAACGAAGCUCAUAAAACUCAGCACCAUUUUUAAAAUGUAACACGCGGCUAUAGGCACCCUAUUUAUACCGUCAUAAUCAAUCUAUAGGAAAACCUUGAACAUGCAGAAUGCAAAUUGCAAGCUAAUGAUGGCUAAUAACACUUUUGGAGCUAUUUGCAUUUUGGAUCAGCUAAAAUGAUACGAGUACUGACACACACACACACGCAACACUGUAGAGAUUUGCACAGAAUUUGAAGUAUCCAAAUGGAAAUACGCACUUGGUAUUUUGCAGAGGAGUCUUGCGCGAGCCGGAACUACUAACGACCGCCCCAACUUCAUGGGUGAAGUUGAUUUCUUGUUUGAGUCCUCCUCCUUUGGACUGCGAUGUGGCUCGCAAAGCAGCCUCGGAAACUCUGAAGUUUCGGCAUACUCUGUAGUGGCAUAGUAGAAGCGACAUCCUCCGUAUAUUAAAGCUUUUCGACUUAAAAUUUCUGAACAAAACAAAAAAAAGUUGGUGGCGGGUGUGAGUGUUUUUUUUGAGAAAACUUGAAUCCUUUUUCCGUAUUUACUGCAAUGCGGAACACUCACGCAAAUUCCUCGUACGCCACGUAGUGUGGCAAUGAGUUUGGUUUGGAGCGUUUGAACGGAACACUGGGUGACAAACGACCUGAACCGCUUGGCAAACGUGCCAACCGGGAUGGGGAAAAGGAAAACCAUAAUAUAUAAAUAUAUUCAUCAGCUGUGAUCACCUAGUAUAUAUAAAUAUUACCAAUUAAACUAAAGCUAGUAAAGCGAUGCUAAUUAGACACAACAUUACACUGUAGCCGAGUAUUGAAAGACAUAUAUAAUACACACCCUGGACGGCACGAGGCGAAGAGGGACCGGUAACAAGAUGGUUAGGAUAGGGAACUAUGCGACUAGCAGCGGAAGACGGCUUUGAGGAAGAUGAACAAGAUGAUGGGUGUGGUAAAAGACAAGCUGUAAGUUGGUUUUUUGUUUUCCUCUGUGACAAAGCAAGGAACAACUUCGCGAAUCGAAUACCUGCUAGGUUAUACUAUUUCCGUUUGUUAGAGGCAAGGGGGUGAUAAGAAGGUGGAAAAGAAGGCAGAAUCGAGCUCUUAUGAAAAAGGUAGAACUCAACCAACCAACAUACAACGGGAUCAAACUCUCAACGCAAGAUGAGGCUAGCUAUGCUCAAGCAAAAGUCGAGCGGGGUGGGGUAACAUUAAUCGGGUGGCGUGCGUACACGCGUUCUGCCAAAGUAAGAAGAAAGACAGGAUGGUAGUUAAAAGGGGAAGGGUCAACAGAUUUAAUCGAUCCAUAUAUAUAUUUUUUAUCAUCUAAAUAGUGUACUGCUUUGUAAACACUUUCGCCAAACUCACGCUCGAUAAUGGACAGUGAGCGGCAGGAUAAACCGUUUUAUGUUUGAAGCACAUAAGUUACGCCUGGUAAGUUUUUGCAACUUUGUUCGUUCUUACAAUCGUAAUGGAAAUAGAAACAGAACAACUUAAAUCUGUAUCAUUUGCACACUAUUUGAGGAAAGUCGUACGAGUUCAAGGGAAAAAGGGGCGAUAGUCUGUUAACUUGAGCGGUACUGAGCAGACAGAAGGAAGGAACAUGCCAGGAGAAUUGAUGGCUGCUGCCCCCAUGUUGCGUUGGGUCCAAUAGUUGGGCCCAUCCGAUAGCUGGGACGGAUAGCUGGGGCUCGAAAUUGGAAAAGGAAAACAUUCAUAAAUGACACGUUACCCUAGAACAUACCUAAUACUAGUAAUUUGAAUUAAAAGCAUGUGUUGUUUGUGGGGUCGUUUAUAUAUGAACCAAAUUCGAGUAAUUCUAGACCAACACAUACGCAGAAGCACACGCACACACAGACACACUUAAUGAUGGAAGGAACCAUGUAGUAACACUUGCGAUCCAUAAGAACACUUACUUUCCCCUUUCUUUCGGAAGUUGGAAUAAAGAUAUUGGAGGAUUUGGAAGUGCAGAGUAGAAACAUUUAACUACUAAAAACCUUCAUUACAAGAGGGAAAGCGUGUGGUGUGUGUGGGUGUGCGUAGUAAAGAUACAAUUUUCUCGCUGUUAGGUACAGAAUAAACAAAGGAUGAUACACACAUAUAGCAAAAACAAAUUAUAACGUGACAGUGGAAGAAGACAAAUCUCUAAAAUAAUAAAAAAAAACAGCUCGUUUCAGUCGAAUUCCGA